AUAUAAAUACCAAGGCAAGCCAGUGCAUCAGAGAGCAGUGAGCAAAGGUCCUCAGAGCAGCUGGGCCUGCCUUUCAGGAGGAUGAGGAACUUGGGGGCUGCCAUGUCAUUCUUCAUCCUUGGGGCUGUCCUUGGAUCCCAGGCUGGGAUCAUACAGGACACGGUAAGAGAAAACAGGAGGGAAAUUCAUCACUUUGAACCUCCAGCAGUUCAACAAGGUAUUCAAGAUGCUCCAGACUGCUGCUUCUCCUAUGUCUCAAGGAUUCCAUGUUCAAAAUUUAUAUAUUAUUUUCCAACAAGUGGUAGAUGCAUUAAUUCAGGCAUCAUCUUUGUCACCAAGAGGAGGAACCGGGUCUGUGCCAACCCCAGUGAUUGGAGAGUUCAGGAGUGCAUACAACGCCUGACACAAAUCUCAGGACCCAGGAACAGAGCCAUUGCUUGAGAAGGAGGGCAGAUAUUACCAGCCACUUUCUUCUGUCUUCCCCCAGUGACCACCUGUGAGGGUCUAAGCAUUUAUUUUUAUAGAUAUUUAAAACAUUUAUCCUGCUGUUCUGGUUGAAAGCAGCUCAUGCAGUCAACAGUAUUUAUAUGGACUCGUCUUGACAUGACUAGAGCCAUCUUUUGUUACAACCAUCGUGAUUGUCUCUGAAUAACGAUUGAGUUUUUCUGCAUAGUUUCUCAGCAGAUUAUAAAUGUAUAAAUUAUUAGAGCAAUCUCUGGGGGCUUUGGAAUGUGUCUGGUUCUGACACUAACUUAAGACAGCCGAGAUGAAGUCAAUUUUGCCCUAGCCCAUACAUAUGUCCAACUUUGUUGAGGACCCAGCUGUUCUUCCUACAACCCUAUUCAAUAAGCACCACCAUCACCCUGCAAAAAUAAAGUACAUCCACGUAGA